AUGAAAGGAAAGAAGGUCUCGACACAACGAGCUCCAGAACCGCGCUUUCUUCCCCCACGACACACCCAUUUUGCUUAAACCACCAUUGGACGCGGCGAUACCCCACAGUGGUCGCAUUCACACUCCAACGCCGUCACCGCAACGCAACAAAACGCAACCAUCCUCGCUCGCCGUUCGCGAAUUUCACCGCUUCCCUUCUUCACCUCCUCAUUGCGCUGCUCUCGUAGUUCCAACACGCGUUUAGCAGGAACAUGAGUCCCGCGAAGAUCGAACCCGAAGAGGUCGAAGGCGAGGUAGUCGGAACCACCGAUUACUUCUUCGUCAAAAUCGGCGAGGCCGUUCCGUUGAAGGCUUCGGAUUCGAAUUUCGAUGUCGAAACCCUUCCGUCGCAGCCUCUCGCACUCUCCGAACGCUUUCGCCUAACCUUCGUUGCUCACUCUUCAGGUUUUUACGUUGCGAGGACGAAGGACCUUAUCGAUUCCGCGAACGAGUUUAAGGACAAGGGAAGUGGCUCGCCGGUGCAGCAACUGAGUCUUGUGGAUGUUUCCAUUGGUAGGGUUCGCGCAUUGGCUGUUUCCACCGAUAAUUCAACGCUCGCGGCUUCUGUCGCUGGUGACAUUCGGUUUUACUCUGUUGAAAGCUUUCUCAACAAGGAAGUGAAGCAAUCCUUUUCCUCUUCACUUGAUGAUUCAACCUUUGUCAACGACAUGCGUUGGAUAACAACAACAAAAAAUUCUUAUGUUGUUCUUUCAAAUAUUGGGAAACUAUAUUGUGGAGAGAUUGGUUUUCCACUUAAACAUGUGAUGGACAAUGUUGAUGCUGUUGAUUGGGGGUUGAAAGGUUCAUUUGUUGCUGUGGCAAGUAAGAGUGUUCUAAGCAUUUUAUCAGCUAACUUUGAAGAAAGAGUUUCAAUUCCACUAUCCUUCGGAUCAUGGAUUGGUGAUUCUGCAGCUAAUAUUAGCAUAAAAGUUGAUUCUGUCAAGUGUGUUCGUCCCGAUUCUAUUGUAAUUGGAUGCGUUCAACUUACUGGUGAUGGCAAGGAGGAAAAUUAUCUUAUCCAAGUUAUUAGAAGCCGACUUGGUGAAAUUGACGAUGGUUGUUCUGAAUUAGUUAUUCAAUCCUUCUAUGAUAUUUAUCAAGGGUUAAUUGACGAUAUUGUACCCUUUGGAAGUGGACCCUACCUUUUAUUGACAUAUUUAAAACAAUGCCAACUUGCAAUCAAUGCCAACAUGAAAAAUACAGAUCAGCACAUUAUGCUGCUUGGUUGGUCAGCAGAUGAUGACAAGAGUGAAGCUGCAGUUAUUGAUAUUGAGCGAGAUAAUUUGGUUCCAAGAAUUGAACUUCAAGAAAAUGGUGAUGAUAAUUUGCUGUUGGGGCUAUGCAUUGAUAAUGUUUCAAUCUAUCAAAAAGUUGGAGUUCAACUUGGUGUGGAGGAAAGGACAGAGCUUUCACCAUAUUGUGUUCUUAUAUGCCUUACUUUAGAGGGAAAACUUGUUAUGUUCCAUGUUGCCAGUCUUGCAGGAAGUAAAGCUUCAUCACCUGAGGUUAAUUCUGUUCUGCACAAUGAUGAAGAUGCUUCUGUAAACCUUCCUGAGGAUGAAGGUUGCACUUUUUCUCAGGGAUUGCAGAAACAGGCAAUGGAUAAGACUUUUGAGGUUAGUGGGAAUUUGAUGGCCAAGCCCUCUGGCAAUCCUCAACAAAUAACAUGUACUGAAACUAAGCAUACAGAAGUGGAAUUAGUGGCAAAUUCACAGAGUCUAAAGUCUAAUGUGCAGGAAGUUGUUUCUGAUGUGAAUGUGAACCAAGAUACUGAUAAUCAAAAUCCAUAUCAUCCAGGUGAACAGCAAAAAAGCUUAGGUCAAAAGACUGCAGCACUUGGAACUAGCAUCGGUUCUUUAACAGUUAGCAGUCAUUCUGCUUCUCCUGGUUUUUCAAGUUAUAAAAAUUUACAAGCAACUACUGAGAAGACUAAGGAACUGUGGACUCAACAUAUAUCAAGUGACUCACAGAGAGCUUCUAAUUUAUUGCCGGGUGAAACAUUUUCAUUCCCUAAAAAGUCUGACGUUUCUUCAAUUUCAGCUUCAAGUUAUGCUGGUGGUGUUGGUUUUCAAAGUCAAAAAUAUACCAUGAGUGCUUCAAAUGUUCCUGGGAGCAUGGGUGGAAAACCCAUUCCUGUACAGAAUGUAUAUGGCGUAUCUCCAGCGAUCAAUUCUGCCAGUAGGCCUGUUCAGAGUGGGGGACAACAAGCCUCCUUAGUAGCUGGAAAUAUGCAACCAGUCUUGAAUAGCAGUUCACAUUUGUCAUCUGAUGGAAAUACUGCCGCUGGAAAGUCAUCUGCUCGAAAGUUGCUUCCUUCUAAUGAGCAGCAUGGAACUUCAUCCAAGCAUGGGAUAUCCAGUUCCGAUUUAUCAAAGCAGUUUGGCAAAAUUAAUGAGAUGACUAAAGAAUUGGAUCUACUUUUGAGAUCAAUUGAAGAGUCUGGUGGUUUUAUAGAUGCUUGCACAAGGUCACUACAAAUUUCAAUUGAAGCAGCGGAACAAGGCAUGGAUGCUCUGUCCAAAAAAUGCAAAAAAUUGGCGUGCCAAGUGGAUGAACAUCAUGAGGAAGUUCAUCAUCUUCUUAGCAAGACAAUACGAGUUAUGGCAAGAAAAAUAUAUAUGGAAGGGAUAUAUAAGCAAGCUUCUGAUAGCCGAUAUUGGGACCUAUGGAAUAGGCAAAAGUUGAAUUCAGAACUUGAGCUAAAGCGACAGCAUAUAUUGAGUCUGAAUCAGGAUUUAACCCAUCAGUUAAUUGAAUUGGAGAGGCAUUUCAAUGCCCUUGAAUUGAAUAAAUUCAGUCAAUAUGGUGGCGGGUGCAUAGGUCGUGGAGUUCUCCAAAAUAGAUUUGGACCUUCAAGACACAUUCAGUCAUUGCAUAGCUUACAUAAUGCAAUCAGUUCACAACUUGUAGCUGCAGAAAAUCUCUCUGAGUGCCUUUCAAAACAGAUGUCAGCAUUGAGUUUAAGAUCUCAAACUGAGGAAAGGAAGAAUGUUAAGGAGCUGUUUGAAACAAUAGGAAUUCCAUACGAUGCUGCAUUUGGCUCUCCUGAUAUGAAAGGUUAUAUGAAGACUCCUCCUAGUAAGAAGAUCAUGUUUUCUGAUUUGACUGCUAAUAAAGAUCAAUCUAGGAGAAAUCACGCCAGUGUGAUGAAGAGUUGUGAACCAGAAUCUGCCAGGAGGAGAAGAGACUCACUUGACCAGAGUUGGACCUGUUUUGAGCCUCCUAAGACUACCAUUAAAAGGAUGUUACUGCAAGAACUUCAGAAACUGAAUAGGAACGAAUCAUUAAUUUCAAUGAAUAAAGAAAAUAAAGUUUCCACAUUGCAGGAAUCCGUUCCUCGUCAAAUAGAUGACAGAAUUCCUUCAAUUGUCUUCCCUGCGUCUAAAAUGAAAGCAAGCAUUCUGGAUUCUCAUCUUGAACUUGAAAAGGUGUCACAAAACUCGAAGGCAUUUAUAUCUGCUGACAGCAACCAAGUACCCACUCAGUUUUCAGAGUCCAAGUCUAGUAUUUUUCAGAAAAACAAUAGUUUAGUCAUUCCCGCACAGCCUGCAUUCCGUUUGUCACCUACAGUGGCGCAUGGUCAUUCCACAGAAGCUAAACAUGCUGAAAAAUCAACUGUUCAAAAGUUUGAUAUAAUUUCAAAUAGUGAAAAUAAGCCUACUCUGCAUUGGAAAAUGCCUCAACAAUCCUCAAUCUCUACCUAUUCAACCACAGAAACACCUUCAAUGCUGAUUAAAUCUGUUGAAUUGCCCAUUACAAAUACUAAAAUGACUACGGCUGCAAGUUCUACAACCAGGGGCAAAUUUUCAAGUGCAUUUACUCCCGAGUCUAGGAGAAAAGACCUCCCAUCCUCCGAGUCACACUCAUCCGCUAUUUGUGCACCUUCAACCUUCGUUGAAAAAGUUACCGAGUUCGAUGUAGAUAAAAGUUUGCCCAAAGAAAAUAUCCCAUCAGUGCCCACAUUUAAAUCUCUGUUUUCUCCAACUCUUAAAACAUCUUCCUCUUCAUUGUCGUCAUCUGUCUCAUCUGCAGCAGUGCCUCCAGUUGUGGUGUCCGUGACAUCAACCAGUUCGUUGACUAGUUUAAAUGCCAAUACAGAUUCUAAUCAUGUAUCAUCUUCACCAUCAACAUUUCUUCACUUAUUUAAUCAGACACCUAAAGACACGGUGUCACCUAACCUACCUGGCUUGAAGUCAACUGUAGACUCACUCAAGUCAGAAAUUCAACCAGUUGCUGCGCUUAAAUCAGAUAUUCGACCAGCUACUGUACCUAAAUCAGAUAUUCAACCAGCUGCCAUAUCUAAUUCAAAGACCGAUUUAGAUGGUGCUGAAGCAGUCACUCAGCUAAAAGAACCUCUAAAUGGUGCAUCUGAAUUAAUGCUUGGACCUACAAGAAAAAUCGGUCCUACUAACAAUCAAUCUUCCAACAAUAUAACAAGUUCUGAUCUCAAUGCUGUCUCUGUUUCUCAAGCAGCACAGCCUUCUGAAGCUCCGCAGCUUUCAACUUUCCUUCCUCCUGCUAGUGUUUCAAGUGGAAAAAAUGAGGGUUUGGAUGUUGGAAUCACGUAUGAGGAUGAGAUGGAAGAAGAAGCUCCUGAGACAAGUAACACAGCUGAACUUAAUUUGGGAAGUCUUGGUGGGUUUGGUAUUAGCUCAAGCCCCAACCCAUCAAUGCCCAAGUCAAAUCCUUUUGGAGGUUCAUUUAAUAAUGUAGCAACAAGUUUAUCAAGCCCCACAGUUUCAUUCUCUGUUCCUAGUGGAGAGUUGUUUCGACCAGCAUCUUUUAACUUCUCAAGUCCACAGUCAUCUGCACCAAGCCAGACAACUAAUUCAGGUUUCUCAGGUGGGUUCAAUGCUGUGGCAGCUGUUCCUGCACAAGCUCCAAGUGGGUUUGGGCAGCCAGCACAAAUUGGAUCAGGGCAACAGGUUCUGGGAUCAGUUCUCGGUGGUUUCGGACAAUCAAGACAGCUUGGAAGUGGUUUUGCUGCUCCCAGUAGUUUUGGUGGUGGAUUUGCUGGCAGUAGUUCUGCUAGUGGCUUUUCAAAUACUGCCAUUGGUGGAGGUUUUGCUGGCAUAUCGUCAACAGGUGGAGGUUUUGCUGGCAUCGCAUCAACAGCUGGAGGUUUUGCUGGUGCUGCUUCCCCUGGUGGCGGUUUUGCUGGUGCAGCUGCCCCUGGUGGUGGUUUUGCUGGUGCGGCUGCUCCUGGUGGCGGAUUUGCUGGUGCAGCUGCCCCUGGUGGCGGUUUUGCUGCUCCUGGUGGAUUUUCAGGAGCUGGUUCAGGUGGUGGGUUUGGAGCAUUUAGCAGCCAAGGAAGUGGUGGUUUUGGUGCUUUUAGUACAGUUGGAGGCAGUAAACCACCUGAGCUGUUCACACAAAUGAGAAAGUAGUACUGUUAUAAUGAUUUGAAUGCUCAAUUUUUGAGUUUAUAUUUUGAAACCCCGUAAAGAAAUUACGCCUGCACGAGUACAAUCUCUUGUAGAAAAGAAACGGGAUGAUUUUAGAAUGUAAAAUUGUAUUUUGUCCGGAACAAUUGUUAUAUCUUUUCCUGAGAAAUGUAUGAAAUUUAGUCAUGGUUGUUGUA